CCGCAGACUGCCUGAGGUCAGGGAGUUCGCUUGUCUAGCCUCGCCCAGCUAGCCGCGUCCAGCUGCUAUGUCCAUCCACUUCAGCUCCCGCUCCACCUCCGUCCCGGGCCGCACUGCUCAGGUGCGCCUGAGCUCAGGCCGCGCCGGCGGCUUCGGCAGCAGCAGCCUCUACGGCCUGGGCACCUCGAGGCCUCGGGUGGCCGUGUGCCCCGCUUACGGGGGCCCGGUGGGCGCCAGCAUCCGGGAGGUCACCAUCAAUCAGAGCCUGCUGGCACCGCUGAGGGUGGACAUCGACCCCACCAUCCAGCAAGUGCGCCAGGAGGAGCGGGACCAGAUCAAGACCCUCAACGACAGAUUCGCCUCCUUCAUCGACAAGGUGCGCUUCCUGGAGCAGCAGAACCAGAUGCUGGAGACCAAGUGGGCGCUGCUGCAGGAGCAGAAGUCAGCCCAGAGCAGCCAGCUUCCCCGCAUCUUUGAGGCCCGGAUUGCUGGGUUGCGGCAGCAGCUCGAGGCCCUGCAGCUGGACGGAGGCCGCCUGGAGGUGGAGCUGCGGAGCACGCAGGACACGGUGGAAGAUUUCAAGAAUAAGUACGAAGAGGAAAUCAACCGGCGCACGGCUGCGGAGAACGACUUUGUGUUGCUGAAGAAGGAUGUGGAUGCCGCCUACACAAACAAGGUGGAGUUGGAGGCCAAGGUGGACAGUCUGAACGAUGAGAUCGGCUUUCUCAAGACCCUUUACGAGACAGAGUUAGCAGAGCUGCAGUCCCAGAUCUCAGACACCUCUGUGGUCCUGUCCAUGGACAACAACCGCAGCCUGGACCUGGACAGCAUCAUCACCGAGGUCAAGGCCCAGUAUGAGGACAUGGCCAACCGCAGCCGGGCUGAGGCUGAGGCCUGGUACCAGACCAAGUUCGAGACGCUCCAGGCCCAGGCUGGGAAGCACAGCGACGACCUCCGAAACGCCCGGAAUGAAAUUGCCGAGAUGAACCGAGCCAUCCAGAAGCUGCAGGCUGACAUUGACACCAUGAAGAACCAGCGUGCCAAGUUGGAGGCCAGCAUUGCUGAGGCCGAGGAUCGCGGGGAGCUAGCACUGAAGGACGCUCAUGCCAAGCUGGCCGAGCUGGAGGCCGCCCUGCAGAACGCCAAGCAGGACAUGGCGCGGCAGCUGCGCGAGUACCAGGAGCUCAUGAACGUCAAGCUGGCACUGGACAUCGAGAUCGCCACCUACCGCAAGCUGCUGGAGGGCGAGGAGAGCCGGUUGUCUGGAGAUGGAAUGGGACCUGUGAAUGUCUCUGUCGUGAACUCCACGGGGGCCAAUGGCAGCAGGCUCACCUUCGGGGGAGCCAUGGGCAGCAAUGCUCUGAGCUUCAGCGUGGGACCAGGAGCCCUCAAGGCCUAUUCCAUCAGGACCACAUCGACCACCCGCAGGGGCCCCCACAACUGAGGCUCGGAGAGACCCCACAACCCUUUGCUCACCUCCAGGAAGGCCUCUCCUGCCUCAUGUCCCUGUCCCAGGUCUGGAAAAUGGUCUGAAACGGCUGUUGGCUUUAAUAAAGAGCCUCUCUGAGCGAGUUUCCUGGUUA